AAUUACACUGAUGAAUAUCCAAGUAACAGGAAAAGGUUUUUAGUGGAUAAUUUAAAAGACGGAAGUGUAGACGAAAUGGAGAGUAAAGAUGCAAGUGAAGACGAGGAUUGUGAAAAGGAUGGUGAAAGGGAAGAAAAAAUUGAUAAUGCAGAAGAGCAGGAAGAGGAGAUCGGUAAUCUUGCUCUAAAUACAGGAGAAGAGGUGCAAGACAAAGAUGGAACUCUGAAGAGUGAUGGAGAAACUCUGUGUGACAUUAAAAACGACCUCGAAGAAAGUGUAAGUGAAAUGCAAGAUUUGGACAAGGAAAUCAAAGCUCCUGAAAAUGUUGCCUCAAAAGUUUGGCCCAGAAAUGAGGACAUUUUAAAUUUACCAGACAUAAAGCCAUUUGAAAAUGACUCUGAAUUGCCCAGGAGCAGAGAAAGACAAGUGAAUGAUGACUCGGAUAGUGAGAUGGCUGAAAGUGAAAAACAUAAUGUUGGAAGAAUAGAUGCGAACCGAGAUCAGAAACUUAAGGAGGAUGAUGAUGAUGACGGUGAAAGCGAAAAUGAGGGAAUUAGAGAAAAUGCUCGGUUAUUUGAAAGUGAUAAUACAAGAACAGCUGUUAAAGAGGAAGAUGAUACUAGUAAUGGUGGUGGUAAAACUGAAUUCAACAAUAUCACAAGUGAUGUUCUUGAGAAUUUAGAAAAAGAGUGUAAAAAAGAAUUAAGUGAAAGUGAGGAUAGUGAAAAUGAAGAUGAGACGAAAAACAAAAGAACUUUCUUGGAAAAAAUGGAAAGUGACAGUGAGUCUGACAAAAGUGAGAGUGAGAGUGAAAAUAAGUUCAGAGAAAAGAAAAUAGGGUUAGAUGAAAGUGAUGAUAGUGACAAGAGUGCAGAUGAGGAUGAUAAAGAAACCAGUAUGGACUUCAGAAAUAGAACUGAGAGUGAAGAUGAGGAAAGUGACACUGAAAAGAGGCAUUUUGGCAAAGAAGUGAGGGAAACUUGUGAAAAUGAUAGUGAAAAUAGCAGAAGUAGUACUGGCAGUGACAGUAAAAUGGUGGGAGAUAGUGUACCUGAUGUAGAGGAAGAUGAAGAUGACACAAAAAUUGUGAAAAAGAGUAGAAGUAGUGAUGAACAAAUUGAUGUAGAUAGUAAGAGUGAGGAACUGAACAAUAGAACCCACCACAGUGUAAAGGACAGGGUUAAAGAGGAAAUUGUGAGUAGUGAGGAAAUAGAAAGAAAGAUGGAGAGAGAUAGUGAAGACAGUAAUCAGGAAGAUAAGGACAGUAGCAAAAACUCUCUCUUUGAUGCUGUUCAAUUAAUGAAAACGAUGGGAACGAUAGCAAUAACGAGACUGGAUGGCAAAAGUCUAGAACGGGGGAACAGUAACAAUGGGGUAACUAUAUCGUUGGCCAAAGAGCAACCCAAAUUUGAAGUGGAUGAUAGGAGGUCUGAAAAUGAACAGGCAAACCGGACUAGCCCUAGUUCACGUGUAGCAUCUCCAGUUCAGAAAUUAUCAGAAAGUAGAGACAUGGAGCAACAUAUAUCUUCCUUAGGAUGUAGUGUAAGUGUAACAAAAGCAGUAGAAAAGGAUAAAGAUAAAGAAAAGGAAAAAGAAAAAGUGAAAAUGCCAUCUGGAGUUGAUACUACACGCCUCAGCCCAUCAAUUUCCAUCAUUCCAAUGUCGGGAGGAAGUGACCGCCAGCGAACUAAAACCACCAUUGCUCCAUCAGCAUCACCAAGCCCUAGUCGCACAUCACCGUCAGUCUCUGCACAGCAUGCUCCAAGGAGUUCUCCGUCAGUCUUGGUACAAAAUCCUCCUCAGAGUUCACCAUCAACCACACAGGGUGUACCUCCAAGAGUUUCUUCUUCAUCAUCAAGUAGUUCUCCUCAAACUAGUGGCAGUGGCAUUCCCCCUCCACCACCUCUUUCUCACCCUCAGGCUUCUGCAGCAGGUGGUGUAGGCUCCAGAGGUGUAUUUGGUCCUCCUCCUCCAGGCAGCCAAGUUCUGGGAAUGGGUGGUGCUCGUGGGCCUAUCAUGGCUACUCCUGGUAUGAGAAUGAUGGGUGGAGGAGGACCUGGCAUGAUGGUGCCGUCACGUAUACCAGGCGGUCCGCCUACUAGACAUCUACCUCCAGAAGCUGGUCCACUUUCUGCUCAACUUCAUAAGCACUCCCAAAAGCUAGCAGAGGUCAUGCGUGCCACACUCGAGGAUGUUCUAGGUGGUCUUGUGAUGACGGGGACCCCUGAGGCUCGGGUAGCUGCACUUCAGCUAGAAUUGGAGCGCACGAAUUGGAGGCAUCAGCAAGAACUUGCCGAGGUUAGGCAUAAUGCUGAUGUAAUGCUUGUGGAAAUGAGAGCUAAUUUGGAAGCAGAAAAGCAGCGAGCUGUAGAGGAAGUGAAAAGGCAAAUGGAGCAGCAAAUGAUGGAGGGGCGAAGACAAAUGGAACGGCAGAUGGUGGAGCGAUUGGCAGAAGUACGGAGACAAAUGGAAGCAGAAAAACAAAGAGCUGUUGAAGAAACCAAAAAGAAACAGUGGUGUGCCAACUGUGGAAAGGAAGCAUUGUUUUUCUGUUGUUGGAACACUUCUUAUUGUGAUUAUCCUUGUCAGCAAUCACAUUGGCCCCAGCACAUGUCAGUGUGUGGCCAGAACAGCGAUGGUGGCGGCGGUGGUGAUGGAGGGCCUGACUCGGUCAACGGGGAGGCCAGCGGACACUCUUCCAGGGUAUCAACACCAGUUCAGAACCUGGUUGCAGCACAAUUUGUAGAUGACGAGGGAGUGGCAGCCAUGGCAGAGGAACACCGCCGCCGCAAACACCGUGAG